UUAGUAUUUAUAGCGGUGUAAACAAGUUUCGUUAAGCGUUAACAUUUCUUUGUUUGGCGGGAAAUCGCUUCGACGGCCACUGUUCCAGCUGUCGCGGUGCAGUGAGGACGUUAUCUUUACGUAGUUAAAAUGUGGCUCCAAAGGUGUUGUGUGUUUGCUGUGCUGUUUACACUAUGUUCGUCAGCCGACGACUCUUUACCCUGGCGAUGGGUGUGCCAAGAAAACAGGUGCGUGAAGACCCGAAAUGAUCCACAGAAUAAGGAACCCGUCCUAAGCAUGGAAGCUUGCAAGAUGUUCUGUGGUGACUACGGCUUACUAUGGCCCCGGCCCACUGGAGAGACAAAUUUGGGCAACUUCUUGUCCAAAAUCAACAUUAAUAACGUGGAAGUGAAGAUGGCUAAUGGAGGACGAUCAGCCGAUGUUAUGAAGGAGGCUGGUGAUAGAUUCAAGAGUUUGUUAUCAAAGGCGAUACCGAAAGGCAUAUCUCCGAAAUCUACGGGGAAAGCGGUGACUGUUCUGCUAAUAAACGAUAGACCUAACGUUAGAGAAUUUUCAUUGGACAUGGACGAGAGCUACACGAUCCGCGUUCAAGCGAUGGGAGACAGAAUCAAUGCUACCAUCAAGGGAGGCUCGUUCUUCGGUGUGAGACACGGACUUGAGACACUAUCCCAGCUCAUAGUCUACGAUGAUAUUAGGAACCAUAUGCUGAUUGUUCGCGAUGUGACCAUCAGUGACAAGCCCGCGUACCCGUACCGAGGGGUCCUCCUUGACACGGCGCGAAACUUCUACUCAAUCGACGCCAUCAAAGCUACCAUCGAUGCGAUGGCUGCCGUGAAGCUGAACACCUUCCACUGGCACAUCACCGACAGUCAGAGCUUCCCCUUCCAAGUUAGCAAGAGGCCUCAACUGUCCAAAAUCGGAGCCUACUCCCCAGCUAAGGUGUACACAAAGGAAGCCAUACAAGAAUUGGUGGAGUACGCCCUGGUUCGUGGUGUGCGAGUCUUGCCAGAGUUCGAUGCGCCGGCGCACGUCGGCGAGGGCUGGCAGGAUACCAACCUUACCGUCUGUUUCAACGCUGAACCAUGGCGGGAACACUGCGUGGAGCCUCCUUGUGGACAACUGAACCCGACUCGCGAGGAGUUAUAUGACUAUCUUGAAGACAUCUACACGGAAAUGGCUGGUUCAUUCCAGACAGAUAUGUUCCACAUGGGAGGUGAUGAGGUCAGUGAGAAGUGUUGGAGCACCUCGGAAGAAAUCCAGAACUUCAUGAUCCAAAACAGGUGGGAUGUGAAUACCUCCGGCUUCUUGAAACUUUGGAACUACUUCCAGAAGAAGGCUCAGGACAAGGCUACUAAGGCAUUCGGAAAGAAACUGCCCCUAAUCCUGUGGACGAGCACGUUGACAGACUUCAACACAGUCGACCAGUAUCUAGACAAGGACGACUACAUUAUACAGGUAUGGACAACUGGAGUGGAUCCUCAAGUUAAAGGCCUUUUGGAGAAGGGCUACAGACUCAUCAUGUCUAACUACGAUGCUUUGUACUUUGACUGUGGAUUCGGAUCCUGGAUUGGUGAAGGUAACAACUGGUGUUCCCCAUACAUCGGCUGGCAAAAGGUGUACGACAACAGUCCCACUGAAAUCGCUGGAGAACACAAGCAUUUGAUUCUUGAUACAGUUUUUGUGAGCACUCGACGCCCAAGAUCAUGUUAUGAUAAUAAUAUUCCCGUGGGUAGGUGGCGAGGCGGCGCUAUGGUCGGAGCAGUCGGACUCGUCGACGCUGGAGUCCCGGCUGUGGCCGCGCGCCGCCGCGCUGGCCGAGCGCCUGUGGGCCGAGCCGCGCUCCGCAUGGCGGCACGCCGAGCAUCGCAUGCUGCAUAUACGUUCUUUACAGGUUGGUGGUUUAUCAUAGAUGCUGCAUCAGUGUACCCUGGGAACUUGCCCAAUGCAUCUCAUGUGUGUGGUGUGAUGGCUACACUGUCACUCAUCAUGGUCAACUCUGUGUCAAAUGCACAGGUCCGUGGUGAGACAUACACAGGAGGUUGCAUGGGGCCCCGCGGUGCUCGUCUCUGGCUCUUCCUCGGUUUCGUUGUUGGAUUUGCUUCUUUAAUUGCUGCCUGCUGGAUACUGUUUGCAAACUAUGUUAAUGCUGGAAGUAGCAAGUCAGCAUGGCCUGGUGUGAGCUUGUUCAUGCAGAACGCGUUCAUCUUUGCCGGCUCGCUUGUAUUUAAGUUUGGCCGUACUGAAGACUUGUGGGGGUAAUCCAGUAAUCUCGUACCUUUUCCAUGAUUGACAUGUCUAGUUACGAUUGUGUAUAUUACUUUCCACGUUUUUGCUUAAAUAACUUAGUUUUAAAAAUGUCACAAAAACUUUUUUCAAAAUUAUUUCUUCUCCUUAUGGAAUAAGUGCUUAUUCUAUGUAAUUUUGCUUACAACGCUUACAGAUUGAGAUUAGCUAAGCUGCUCCCAUGAUUGUGACUAGGCAUAAUUAUCAAAGGAUUUAUAUUGUCUAGAAUAAAUUAUAA